ACUCUGCCAGCCAGGCCUAUCUACGAAUCACCCAACAGCUAAUAAACCAUCGACUGGUUCCCUGGUCAUUUAAAGUCUGUGUCAUUAUACCCAUGCUCCUAUUGCGCGAGAGGUGUCAUGAUACAUCUAGCCCGUCUUCUUUCAACCAGGUCUUGCUGGACCUAAUACGCCGACUAGGAAGCACUCUGUCCAGUCAUGACAUAGGCCUUCAGAAUAGAGUUGAGUCUAGAGCAUUGUCUAGAAGAAAGCUUCAGCUACCUCCUUUCUCCGCACCCCGCCAAUUCCCCUCAUCUAUGUUCUCCAUAGGAUCUAUCCGGCCGAAAUGUGGGGAGACGUGCAUACUCCAAACACUAUGCACGUCAAGCGCACUAAAAUGUUCGGACGGCAGUAAGCACAUAUCGAAGCAACAACAUAGGUUAGGAGAACUUUGCCUGACUCUCUUUCAUUCUCUCUUUCCUCUGCUCUGGUUGUUUAGAAACACAACACCUAGCCCCACAUGUAUACCCUCGUGCUUCUUUCCGUCUUCCUCACCAUCUUCAUUGUCUAUAGGCGUUACCAGAACCGCCCACCUCCCGGAACCAAGCAUGCUCCUGGACCCUCCGGCCUGCCUAUUCUUGGAAACGCACACCAACUUAGUCGCCAGGCACACCAGCAAAUCACAGCAUGGGCCCGCGAAUAUGGCGAAGUCUACAAGAUCCGAUUGGGAUGGAACGACUGGUACAUGAUCUGCUCGCCCGAAGCAUGCAAAGAAAUACUUGACAAGCAAUCUAUACAUACAAGCUCGCGAACGCCGAUGCCGGCUGCCGGUGAUGCGCUGAGUGGUGGCAUGCGCUUCCUGUUCAUGCCUUAUGGGCUGGAAUGGAGGAAGCUAAGGGGCAUUAGCCACAAAUUGUUGACGCCGGCCGUGAGUGCGACGUUCAAGCCGAGUCAGGAGUUUGAGGCGAAAAUGCUACUUGAGGAGGUAUUGAAGGGAGCGGAUGAGGAGAGGGGGAAUGGGGUGGGUUAUACGGCGAUUAGGAGGUAUACGGUUAGUGUGAUCAUGACGAGUACGUAUGGGAGGAGAAUUCCUGACUGGGACUGCAACGAAGUCCAUGGAAUCUACAGCCUCAUGAACGACUUCUCCAUCGUCGCGAGACCAGGAAAUUAUCUCGCGGACACUUUACCUUUUCUCGGUAACCUUCCACCGCGGCUGCAAUGGUGGCGCAAAGAUCUUCAGCCGCUGUUUGAAAAGCAAGCCAACCUUUGGAUGUCCUUCUUCACUUCACUUAAAACGCAAAUGGAAACGAAGCAGGCGCCCGAAUGUUUCGUAAAGCAGUUCAUCGAGAGUGACUACGAAAAGCAAGGCAUCAGCGAGCUUCAAGCUGCGUUCCUCGCUGGAAGUAUGAUCGAAGCAGGGAGCGAAACAACCUCUGCAUCGCUCAACACAGUAGUUCUAUACCUCGGCGCAAACCCAGACGUUCAAAGAAAAGCACAGGAGGAAAUCGACAGAGUUGUAGGCUCGUCUAGGUCACCAAGUUUUGAUGACGAGGCAGACCUACUAUACAUACGCGCCAUCGUGAAGGAAAUCCUGCGCAUACGCCCCGUAACCAACAUCGGCACACCGCAUUACACUACCGCACCCAUAACAUACAAAGGCAUCUAUAUCCCCGCUAAUUCAGUAGUGGCUCUGCAACAAUACCCCAUCCACUAUGAUGCCUCUCUCUUCCCGGAGCCCAACCGCUUCAAUCCAGACCGGUACCUCGCCCACCCACACGGCAGCGGCCACUACGCGGCGGGCCCGGCCUCAGCGCGCGACCACUGGUCUUUCGGCGCGGGACGAAGGAUUUGCUCUGGGGUGCAUCUUGCGGAGAAUAGCAUGUUCAUUGUGCUUGCCAAGGUGCUGUGGGCAUUUGAUAUUUUGCCGCCGAUUGGGCAGGAUGGGCAGGAGGAAGUGGUGGAUACGAGCGACGACGCUUUCGAUCCUGCGGGGAGCACCACCAUGCCAAAGCCAUAUAGAGUGAGAUGGAAGGUAAGGAGUGAAAAGAUUAGGGAGACAAUACUCAAGGAGGCACAGGAAGCGAAGCGGAAUGGGUAUGUACUGAGAGGAGUGAAAGUUGGGGAGGAGGGCGUUGGGGUAGAAGUGUGAGUAAGAGAAGGUGAAAAUUCCAUGCAUCUAUUUCCAUGUCGUUGUCUCAUUUGUUUUUGUCUCGCGCUUUCCACGCUAGUUGCGUUUGCCCUGGCAAUAUGGGGUGCUCAAUGUUUCUCUACAUACGCGUAACAAACAAAGCAACUUCCCUC